AUGCCUAUGAAACUCGAAGGAAGCUGCCAAUGCGGCGGCGUAGAAUUUACACUCGAAUCUCAGACUCCAGUUCCUUAUCAACUUUGCGCAUGCAGCAUCUGUCGCAAGGUUGGGGGCUACAGCGGCAGCGUCAACCUGGGCGGUAUUGCCGAUAGCCUCAAUAUCAUCAAGGGCAACGACCUCAUCAAGAAGUAUACCGCCGUGAAAGACCGCGGCACGUCCAAUGAGCAAAAGUGUUCAUCAGAACGCAGCUUCUGCUCCAAUUGCAGUACAAUGCUAUGGCUCUGGGACCAUAACUGGCCAGAGCUGAUCCAUCCGUUUGCAUCCGCCAUCGACACCGAGUUGCCGGCCUCUGAUGAGAUGGUCUGCAUCAUGGCAAGCUCAAAGCCGUCGUGGGUGCGAUGGCCUGCAGGGAAGAAAUCGGUGUACGAUGCCUACAACACUGAUAGUCUCGAACAGUGGCAUAAGAGACACAAUCUGUUUAAGGAAUGA